GUUCCUAUGUUUGUUAUUUUUACAAGUCCAUUUAAUAUAUAGGACGAUAAUUCUUGGUAUUAAUUGUGAUAAUGGAGCAUGCAGAAGCAGGUGGAAGUACAAGAUCGACCCAGGAGGCUCCUACUUCCUGGUGUCAUCCUGCCAAUCGAGUACACAGAUUUAUAGCCCUCAUAUUGAUGUGCUUUCUUUGUUUUGGUUCCUACUUUUGUUAUGAUACGCCAGGAGCUCUUGCUGAUAAUUUUAAAGAUGAUUCACACUUGAACACAUCACAGUUUGCUCUACUUUAUUCAAUAUACUCAUGGCCAAAUGUAAUAUUAUGCUUUAUCGGCGGUUAUCUUGUUGACAGAUGUUUUGGUGUCAGAUUAGGAACUAUUAUAUAUAUGACUAUUGUGUUUAUUGGAGCAGUUGUUUUUGCAUUUGGUGUGUACAUAAAUGCAUAUUGGUGCAUGAUACUUGGACGAUUCAUAUUUGGUAUUGGAGGCGAGUCAUUACAAGUAGCUGUGAACAAUUAUGUGGUAUUAUGGUUUAAUGGUAAAGAACUUAAUAUGGUAUUUGGACUGCAACUGUCUUUCUCUAGAUUUGGAAGUACAGUCAACUUCUGGGUUAUGGAACCUAUAUACAGAUGGGUAGCCAAUUACUAUGGAGGCUAUGAGAAGCUUGGCGUUGCAUUGUUUAUAGCGUCUAUGACUUGCCUGGGAUCUCUUAUCUGUGGUUUGAUAUUGGGUUGGAUGGAUCACAGGGCCGAGAGGAUACUAGGACGUCAACAGGAACAAGCAAAAGAUGAACCAUUCCAUAUCCUAGAUGUCUUACAUUUCAAACCAGUGUUUUGGCUUGUGUCUGUUAUUUGUGUUGCUUAUUAUUUAGCCAUCUUCCCAUUCAUUGCUUUAGGAAAAUUAUUCUUUGAACGUAAAUUCGACUAUAUUCCCCAAGAUGCAAAUACCGUGAACUCAAUGGUAUAUUUGCUUUCCGCUGCUCUGAGCCCCUUCUUUGGAAUACUGAUCGACAAGACAGGAAGAAACGUUACAUGGGUUAUUCUCAGUAUAAUAACGACUAUUGGAUCUCAUUUUCUGAUGGCGUUUACUUUUGUCAACCCUUAUGUUGGAGUGAUAUCUUUAGGAACAUCUUAUUCCCUACUCGCCAGUGGUUUAUGGCCUCUUGUUGCCAUGAUUGUUCCAGAAAAUCAAUUAGGUACUGCUUUCGGAAUAUGCCAAGCAGUUCAAAACUUAGGCUUGGCUACCGUUAUUAUUUUUGCUGGUAUGAUUGUUGACAAAUAUGGAUAUCUCAUGCUGGAAAUGUUCUUCUUAGGAUGCUUAUUUGUGUCAUUGAUAGCGGCAGUACUUAUCUACAUUAUGGAUUCGGCCAACAACGGAAUACUUAAUCUGUCGCCUAGUCAGAGAGAAGCAUUGAAAAAGACAAGCAUUCGUACCGAUGAGACGGCCAACCUGCUCGAGCAUGCGGACAGUUCUGACCAGGAUGAGCUGGAUGUGACUCCGGCGGGGGAAGUGGGGGGUCGAAGUGGCGCGGGAGGUGAGGACAGUUCGCCAAGUGACGCGGCGAGUGGCGGACCACCCCUGCGCGAUCCUGCACAGGCGCAAUCCGAUCGCAUUCGCUCGCGAUACAUCGCGCAAUUAUUGCCCGCCACAAACAUUCCAGAUAGACCUUAGAUUUAGGACUCGACUAUGUAUGUGUAAAUAUGUAUCAAUGUAAAAUUAAUCGUGACAUUAUUUUAUUAUGUGUAUUAUUAAAUUGAUAUAAAUAUAUAAUAAAAUUAAAUGUA